GUGCGGCUCUCGCGGGCGCCGGGCUCGGGCGCGGGCUGCGGUCCCCACGCGCCGCCGCCGCCGCCUCCUGCCCCCGCGCGGGUCGCGCCAGGCCGGCGGCCGGGGCGAUGUGAGCGGGGGCCCGCGGGCGGCGCGCGGGCUGCGGCCGGACCGCCGCGAUGUGGCUGAAGCCGGAGGAGGUGCUGCUGAAGAACGCCCUGAAGCUCUGGGUGACCCAGAAGAGCAACUGCUACUUCGUCCUGCAGCGGCGCCGCGGGCACGGCGAGGGGGGCGGCCGCCUCACGGGUCGCCUGGUGGGAGCGCUGGACGCAGUGCUGGAUUCCAACGCCCGGGUUGCUCCGUUCCGAAUUCUGCUUCAAGUUCCCGGCUCCCAGGUUUAUUCUCCCAUUGCAUGUGGUGCGACGUUAGAGGAAAUAAACCUGCACUGGGACUGGCUGGAACAAAACCUCCUCCAUACUUUGUCUGUCUUUGAUAAUAAAGAAGACAUUGCUAGCUUUGUCAAAGGGAAAGUCAAGGCGCUGAUCGCGGAGGAGACGAGCAGCAAGCUCGCCGAGCAGGAGGAGGAGCCCGAGAAGUUUCGAGAGGCCCUGGUGAAGUUUGCAUCCAGGUUUAACUUCCCGGAGGCGGAGAAGCUGGUCACCUUCUACUCCUGCUGCUGCUGGAAGGGCCGUGUGCCCCGCCAGGGCUGGCUGUACCUCAGCGUCAACCACCUGUGCUUCUACUCCUUCUUCCUGGGCAAGGAGCUCAAGCUUGUAGUUCCUUGGGUUGACAUCCAGAGGUUAGAGAGAACAUCCAAUGUCUUUCUGACGGAUACCAUCCGAAUCACCACGCAGAACAAGGAGCGUGACUUCUCCAUGUUCCUGAACCUCGAGGAGGUCUUCCGGAUAAUGGAGCAGCUGGCGGACGUGACGCUCCGCAGGCUGCUGGACAACGAGGUCUUUGACCUGGACCCAGGGCUGCAGGAGCCAAGCCAGAUCACCAAGAGGGACCUGGAGGCCAGAGCACGGAACGAGUUCUUCCGGGCGCUCUUCAGGCUGCCGCGGAGGGAGAGGCUGCACGCGGUGGUGGACUGCUCGCUCUGGACGCCUUUCAGCCGCUGCCACACCGCGGGGCGGAUGUUCACCUCUGACAGCUACGUCUGCUUCGCCAGCAGAGAGGACGGCUGCUGUAACGUGGUCCUGCCCCUCGGAGAGGUGGUGAGCAUUGAGAAAAUGGAGGACACGAGCCUGCUGCCCACCCCCAUCAUCGUCAGCAUCCGGAGCAAGAUGGCCUUCCAGUUCAUCGAGCUCCCGGACAGGGACGCCCUGGUGGAAAGCCUGCUCGCCAGGCUGAAGCAGGUCCAGGCCAGACACCCAGCGCGGUACGACACCUCGAGAGACGAAGACAUGACGUCACCUGUGUUUCAUUCAACAAGCAUGUGCAGUGACCACAAGUUUGGAGAUCUUGAACUGGUGUCUUCUCAAAAUAGCAAGGAAAGCGAAAGAGAGAAGAGCCCGCUGCUCCACCCCGAGGCCCUGACUGCCGUCUUCCAGCAGUCUGGCAGCCAGAGCCCUGACUUCCGCGUGUCCAGAGAACAGAUAAAAAUUAGCCUGUGGAAUGACCACUUCGCGGAAUACGGCAGAACUGUGUGCAUGUUUCGCACAGAAAAGAUCCGGAAGCUCGUAGCCAUGGGGAUCCCUGAAUCUCUACGUGGCAAACUCUGGCUCCUUUUCUCAGAUGCGGUCACGGAUCUUGCUGCACAUCCUGGCUACUACGGGAACCUGGUGGCAGAGUCCAUGGGGAGGAGCUGCCUGGUGACGGAGGAGAUCGAGCGGGACCUGCACCGCUCGCUCCCGGAGCACCCUGCCUUCCAGAACGAGACGGGGAUCGCCGCCCUGAGGAGAGUGCUGACCGCCUAUGCCCACCGGAACCCUCGCAUCGGGUACUGCCAGUCCAUGAACAUCCUGACCUCCGUGUUGCUGCUGUACGCCAAAGAGGAGGAAGCCUUCUGGCUGCUGGUUGCUGUGUGUGAGCGGAUGCUGCCCGAUUACUUCAACCACCGGGUGAUAGGGGCUCAGGUGGACCAGUCUGUCUUUGAGGAGCUCAUCCGGGAGCAGCUCCCGGAGCUGGCGGAGCACAUGCGCGACCUCAAUGCCCUGGCGUCCGUCUCCCUCUCGUGGUUCCUCACCCUCUUCCUCAGCAUCAUGCCGCUGGAGAGCGCGGUCAACGUCGUCGACUGCUUCUUCUACGAUGGGAUCAAAGCCGUCUUCCAGCUGGGGCUGGCAGUGCUCGAUGCCAAUGCCGAGGACCUGUGCAGCAGCAAGGAUGACAGCCAGGCCCUGGUGAUCCUCGGCAGGUUUCUAGAUCACAUUAAGAACGAGGAGAGCCCAGGGCCCCCUGUUGGCAGCCACCAUGCGGCCUUCUCUGACGACCAGGAGCCCUGCCCUGCCACUGACAUUGCCGACUUGAUCCGGGACGCCUACGAGAAAUUCGGAGACCAGUCUGUGGAGCAGAUUGAGCACCUGCGCUGUAAGCACAGGAUCCGGGUUCUCCAAGGCCACGAAGACACCACCAAGCAGAACGUGCUUCGCGUUGUUAUUCCAGAAGUCUCAAUUCUUCCUGAAGACUUAGAAGAACUCUAUGACUUAUUCAAGGUGCUGGUCUUGCACUUUUCCAUGUGGCCACAUAGUCUUUAUCAUUUUUCCAUCUUGGAAUACUUCAUAUAUAUAUAAGCCAUAUUUCUAAUAUUUGGAUAUUUAGGUGGGUUCCAAUUUUUUGCUACUUAAAUCAUCCCUCAAAGAACUUGUUUGAGCAUCUUUCUGGAAGUUUUCUUGCCUGAAACAGUAGCUAACAAUGAGAGAGAAGAGGCAGACCCGUGGAUCCGGGUAGAUCACUGCAGAAGGCCAGGACGGUGUUGACAGGCGUCCGGCCUCCAGAGCUGUCUGUGGUGGGAACUGCGCCCCCGUCACUUCUCAACUCAAAUUGCCAAAAUAAUGGAAAUAGUAGUAACUGGCAGUGUGGGUGUGUAGGAGGCAGCGCCUGGGCUGUCUGGUUGGGACCGUCCUGGCACCCCCCGUGCAGAAAAAGCAGCUCAUGUGGCGAGAGCAGUGGAGGCCCAGGGCUCCCGUUGAAUUACCUGUUUACAAAUUGUACAGUUUCCUUUGUGGCAGGAGAUGAAACGGGAAGUCACAGGUCCCUGGCUGUCCCUGUUCCCGCAGCUCUCUUUGGCUUCAAGAGGAAGAACAGAGACUGGGAGAAACACAAAAGCAGGGGAACAAAUGAUGUGUUUUUUAAGUUUAAAAAGUCUUUUAUUUAUUUAGGGCUUUACUGCUAAAUACAGAUGAAUACAAAAACAAAAAACAAAAAGCAAAAACCUAUAAAUAUGUUAUUUUUCAAAAUGCACUUCAAAAGGAAAUCCAGGUUAAUAGCAUCAGUCAAGGUGUCUUACUCCGUUUGGAUGUGCAGAGGUGCCUCCCUGCCGGCCCGUCCCAGCAGUGUGUCCCACACAGCACCUUCUCGGACUCUCCCAGGUCCCCGCAGGCCUGACCUUCAGUAGUCUGACUUGAUACUUACUCAAGUACCGUGGUAUAUGGUCGUCUCUAGUUGGGCUUCACAUGCACUUCUCCUCUUUGAAGCAUUUUAUUUUCUCAAGAGAGAGGGUCAAGUAGAAAUACCCUGACAAUGUUUUAUAAACAUGUGGUAGGUUCUUAGGAUGGAGCCCACAUCUUACCUUCAUUCUGUCUGACCCCAAACCUGCCAUGUACAACCUCAAACAUUCUAUAUGUCACCAGGAGAUCGUCAGCUCUGAUUGUCUUCUUUUAAAUACUCUUUCCUAUUAAAAAUGAACUAUAUGGUGGUGCUUAAUGAAAUUCAUUUUAAUGUCAUUUUAAAGUAUUCCUUUAAAUUACAUAAAUUCAGAUUUGUGAUAUUUCCUGUUCCCUCAACUUGAGAGCAGCUUCAUUGGUCUUACGUCUCCAAGUAGGAUGUGAAUAGAAUAAAAUCAGACUGUGUGUCAUAAACUAUCUCUGUAAACACCCAGAACCUGAAACAGUGCCUUACCGACUCCAUAAACAUGUUUUUAAUGAUGGGUUAAAUUCACUUACUAUUGCUGGGUUUUUAUGCCCGAUAGAGCAUUUUAAUAUUAUUUUGCUUGCUUCCGUGUUCUGGGUAAGACUUUUGAUAUCCAAAUUUACUUGAAAAACAUGAAAUAAUAGAAUUAUAUCCACUCUCAUGAUUAAAAAAAACAAAAUUUAUUUUAAGCAACAAAUGAGGAUGAAGGGGCUCAUCCCGGCUGUCCCUUCAGUCCCACCUUGUACAGGAAAUUACUUUUCACAAUGUGGUGACUCUCUCCCCUGGAGUUUCCCGUAUACCUCUCUCUAUCUGCGGUCACACACACAAGGUACCCACUUUUUCCCACAUAAUUAUGGGAUGGUACUACACAAUGGCCUGUAUUUCCCCCCCCAAUUAACCAUAUAACAAGGAAUUUUUUCUAGAUCAGUAUCUUUAGAUCAUUUUUCCAUUUGUAAUGACUAUACAAUUUCAUUGUGUGGCUGCAAAAUAAUUUAUGUAGUCAUUCACCUAUCAAAGGGCAUUCAUGUUACCAAUUUUUUGCUGUUUUAUAGACAGUGCUGGACUGAGCAACCUGUGCAUUUAUCUGCACACUUGUGCUGCUGUUUCAGUAGCAUGGGUUUCUUGAGGUGGCGAUUCAGGGCCAGGGGAGAUGUACAUAAAAAUUUUAGUUAUUACUGCUAAAGUAUCUUCCAGAUUUUUGAUUUUGCAAGUUACAAUUCCACUCAUGGUAUCUAUGAAUGCUCAUUUCCCCACGCAGCAUUUAAACAUUUGCUUGUCUGGUAGAAAACUGCAUUUCAAUUUAAUUUAGUUUUGUGUACUUAUUAGUGACAUUGAGUACCAUUUCAUAAGUAUAUUGGCCAAUUGUAUACUUCUUUCAACCACCUGUUCAUAUCCUUUGCCUAUUUUUCUAUUGCUUGUUUUUCUAAUAUGAGCUCUCUUAGAUUUUUGCAUUUAUGUUAUAACCAUUUUCUUCUGGACUUUAGCAUCACAGUGUGCACAAAUAUAUGUGAAAAUUCUUAGUGUGCCUUGGGUUUUUAAGAAUGGGAAUGUAUUAGAUCUUUGUUUCAUACUUGAAACUUUUCAUGAGUCUGCAAAGGCUGUUUAAAGAAUAUGACACACUUAUAAAUGGCAUCUUGGCUUCCAUCCAACGGUAUGUGCUUGCAUAGCACAGCGUCUGCACAUCUGUCCUGUCCUUCUAGGUGGAGGGAAUUGAAAUUGUGAAGACUCCGUAGUCACUGGGACCUGUUUCAGGCUUUUGCAGAUUGAGGUGCCCAGAGAUGAUCUAGUGCUGGUCUAAACCACACUUUCCGAAGAGCCCGGCUUGGUCCUCAGUGAUGGGGCAGUUUUACUUCUUCGGUUUUCAGCCUGUUCCUAAAACUUCAAAUCACCCUUUUCCCCCCUUUCCUUUUAAUUGUUUGAAUUGGUACAGUAUUCACAUGGUUCCAAAUUCACAAAGUAUAAAAGAGCACACAGGAGUACGUCUCCCUUCCACCCUGGGCCCCUGCCCGCCACGGUCACUCCCAUGGGUAACUAGCAUUACUAGUUCCUUUGGGAUCCUAGAGAUUUUUUUACUUUCAAAUGCUUUUUACUUUCAAGUACUUUUUUGACUUUCAAAUAAUAUGAUUUUAAGUGAAAAGAGCAGAAUAAAAAUGGUCUCUCUUCUAGGAUUAAAACUAUGUCAAAAUUAGUAUUCAUGUGGGCAAGGACUAAAGUUAACAAAACCUCUUCUUACAUAUCUGGUUAGAGUGAUGAAAUUAUAAGGAAUUUGAUUUUUUUAAAAAUUUUGUUAUAACAUUGUGCAAUAAUCAAUAGUUUUAAGAGGCAGAAGGCAAGCCACGCGAGAGGGCCCCGUGGUAAGCCUUGACCUGUCUCCUGGGCUCUCCUUUGCCUCUGGC